CGAGGAAAACAGGAAGACAGCUCAGGCAUCCUGACAGAAACCAGUUUUACACCCUUGUGUGGGUCUGUGCGCGUCUGCAUUGCGAAAGUCAAAUCCGCGACCCGUGUUCGCCGCUUUGGAGGAGAGCGGGUGUGGAUCGAAGCGGGAGCUAGAGACAGAACACGCCAUUAAGGCAGCUUAGCGGUAGAAGAUCGCUGCGCACAUGUAAACAGAGGAGCAUACAGCUGUGCACACACAAAUACAGACCACCAUUGCAUAGGCUGCAGGACGCGCACGGUGCAUAGCAAGAAACUGGGAACUGCUAUCUUUUUUCCAUUUGGACUUAAGGACUUGAACGGAAAGGAGCGAACUGUUUAUCAGAUAACGUGAAUUUGAAGGAUAUACCAUACGCUGGCCCAUCCGUCCCUUCUCGCCCCCCUGAGAAAAAAACUGCUUUGGCAGCAGCUCAGCUUAUAUCAGCUGGUGUUUAAGUUACCCGGCCGCGGCGCUUUCUAUGCAUGGUGUAGGAAAGGGUUGAACUAACCUCCCUGCUCACAUGCGCCCGUCAUUUAUCAUCUCAUGCUCUUGUAGACCUUUAGGGGAGUCUUAACUGCAUUUGUGCUAUCUUUCUGUCAUAAUCUAGUCUACUGCCUUGCAUUUUAGUGUUACGCAUUUUUAACUUAAAUCAACAUGAGUGAAUCCGUAAGAAAAAUGUUAUAAUCUAUUAUUAUAUUGAGUAUUGUCGCUAUCUGAGGUAGCUUAGUAAAUCUGUUUGCAUAAACUAAUAUUUUGCUUGCAAGUUAGCGUACAGUAUGAAGCUUUGUUGUCCACCUGUUAUGUCAUUUAAUUCCUAAAUUUUACAAAUUUGUUUUUAUAAAUAUGUGUUGAAUUGCAGUAAUGAAUGCCAUCUGGAACAUUGUUUCUUAAAACCUACAUUUAUUUGAAUGUUUAUGUGGUCUCUAAUGAGAGUAAAUGCUUGUUUUGUCUUACGUCUUGCAGCCCAAGAUUUUUAUUCACCUGCAGUAUUUCAGCUAGUUGUUUUCUGAGUCAUCACUAUUAAUUUGAAUUAAAACUUUAAUUUGAUCAAGAAUUUCACGGUUUCUGACACCUGGAUUUUCUGCAUGCCCGACAUUUGGUUAACUGAGCAGCUGGAGAAGGACUUUUUCAGCAAAACACAAGAAAGAGUGACUUGUGCUCCUACCAUUGACGGAUAAUCAGACGAGUUCGGAUACCAUAUCCCUACAUAUUCUCGUUCGUCCACGCAAAUAUUUUUCCUUGCACCAUCUUGACUCGACUCUGUGGAGCAGGAUCGCAAUGGCGCAACAGCAGAUGCCGAGUUCUCAGAAAGCUCUCAUGUUGGAGCUGAAGUCCUUGCAGGAGGAGCCAGUUGAGGGAUUUCGCAUCACAUUAGUAGAGGAGUCAGAGCUGUACAACUGGGAGGUGGCCAUCUUUGGACCACCUAACACACUCUAUGAAGGGGGCUAUUUCAAGGCUCACAUCAAGUUCCCUAUAGAUUACCCCUACUCCCCCCCAACCUUCAGGUUUCUUACGAAGAUGUGGCACCCUAAUAUCUAUGAGAAUGGAGAUGUAUGUAUUUCAAUCCUGCACCCACCUGUGGAUGAUCCGCAGAGUGGGGAGCUGCCAUCGGAGAGGUGGAACCCUACCCAGAACGUCAGGACUAUUCUGCUGAGUGUAAUCUCACUGCUGAAUGAGCCCAACACUUUCUCACCGGCCAACGUAGAUGCCUCUGUGAUGUUCCGCAAAUGGAGGGACAGCAAGGGCAAGGAUAAGGAGUAUGCUGAAAUAAUCAGGAAGCAAGUUCUGUCCACUAAAGCAGACGCAGAGCGAGAUGGAGUCAAAGUUCCCACCACGUUGGCUGAGUACUGCAUCCAGACCAAAGUGCCUUCCCACGACAGCAGCUCUGACUUGCUCUAUGAUGACCUGCAUGACGAUGACAUUGAGGAAGAGGAUGACGACGAUGAUGGGGAGGCAGGAGGGACUGGUGGAGAGAACAGUGGAGAGGGUGCUGAUUGUUACAAUGACGAUGAGGACUCUGGCAACGAGGAGUCCUGACCUUUCCCCCCCGUGGCUUCUUCAUUCCUUCAACACCUCCUCGCAUUAAUGUUCCUGUUCAGAUGCCCUCUCCCUGAAUAUGUCUUUGCACAAAAGCACGUGUGUCCUAGUCUGUCUCCUCCUUCCUUGUUCACACUCUUCCUUGUGAAAGCCAGGGCUUUUUUUGUUGUUUAAAAGAAUCCAGAACCAGCGCCUUCAGAGCCACAUCAUUUCAGAACCUUCCUCCCAAAACCACCAUUUGCAGACGAGUGUAGCAUUAUCACAAAAUACCAAGAUCGCGCAACAAGAGCAUUUCCAGAUGUUCCUGCUAAAAGCCACCAAAUCAGUAAUGUCAGUCCUAAACCCAGCAUUGACAUAACAUUUCUAGUAGACAAUCUUCUGCUUUUGGUGGGCUUGUCCCGUAGUACUACAAUAUGACCUUUCUUUCUAAAAUGAAUCAUUUGCUCACGAUUUCUGAAACAAAUCAUUUGCUCACGAUUUCUGAAACAAAUCAUUUGCUCAUGAUUUCUGAAACAAAUCAUUUGCUCACGAUUUCUGAAACGAAUCAUUUGCUCAUGAUUUCUGAAAUGAAUCAUUUGCCCAUGAUUUCUGUACUCAUCAUAUUGAACCAUCCCUCACUGAACCAUAUUUGCUCUACAAAUGGCAGCAACACUAUCUGUCAAACCAUUAACACCCAUCUUAAUAGAAUGCCCCAUGAAAAGAUCCUUACACUUGAAGUCCUGUCUGCAGGUGUGAACUUGAUUUACUGCGGCACUGACUGUCAGGAUGCAAAGCAGAGUCAGGGUCUAAGAAUUCUUCAGAUAUAUCCUGCAGGUCAUUACUGUUUUAUUUUCUGUACACUAAUUUUUGAAGCUUGCACAAAAUGUUCCUUUGUGAUGAACAUAAGUUUUUGUUUUUUUUGAGAAAGUAAGGGCUUUGCAUGCAUAUUUCAGAGUACUGCUUGACUGGAUGUAUAAAUGGAUAUCAGCUACUGUUUUGUUUCCAUGUUUUUUUUUAAAUACUUGCUCAGAUACUUGCUCAGAUACUUGCUCAUGUUAUCUGUGUUUGCACCAUGUGCCCCUGCCUCCUCGCAAGUAUGUUCCUUUCCUCUCUCCAAGAGGAAUGUCUCACAGUCUGCAGUUGAUGGCGCAGGGAGAGAGGCAGAGGACUUCUCUCCCCUCAGCUUUGGGACGACAGAGCAGGAUUCCCUGUCAGGGAUGUGGACGUGCAGAAAUGACCUGCUAAUGAUCACUACCUGCUCAGUGGAUGCACAGAACGCCUGACCUCUCAAGGUCAAGCAGGGGGCCAGAGUGCACCAUCACAGCACAACUGCAUGCCUGCUUGCGCGUGAACAUAAAAUUGACUAUUUUUUAGUAGUCGCAACCUUCCAAAAGCUGCAUAUACACAACUGCAAAUUGUAUUUUUUACAAUGAUAAACCCAGCAUAGGAUAUACAGGUAACACAGCCUCUUUCAGUUCUGAAGAAGACUUGAUGCAAGUAUUGGAUUCCACAUGCCUAUUCUCUGUCUGUUCCAUUACAUGUGUCUCAAUCACAUUUUUCUACAUCAAGAGUAGCAACAAAUAUGAUAUGGGUCUGGGAAACGGCAGUUCAUUGUUUUUGUGUCUUCUGCUCUUUAAAUUGUGACCUUCAAAAAUCUAGGCGUUGUUAAUGUGAUUAAUAUUGCGACGCAUGAAGAACAUGUGAGGAAGUAAUCAGACAGCUUCUGGACCGUGAGUGUGGAGAGUUAUGGCCUUGUCUCUGGAGGGAAAGGCUUCAGAACACAGUGUACAUGUGAGCAGAGAAGCUUUCUUGGUAUAUACAGCUUGUGUUGGGCGGCAGAGAACUUCUGGAGCACCAUAUACUGCUUAAGAAACAGCUUUAUGGAGUUUCCCAACAGCAUUUAACAGUCAUAAAUUGUUGUGAAAAAAUAAGAACAGCUCGAUAUUUUUUUUCUUAGCAAAUCUGCUCUCCCACUUCUGAUAACAGAUAAGAAAACCACACGUACUAUUAAACCAUUAAAUAAUAUUUAAGUGUUGCUAGUGGUUAUACACAAUUGAUAACAAAAUAUUGUGUAGUUUUUCCAUCCUUACCUGUUGUUUUGUGAGGAAUGAGACAAUUGAUGAAAAUAACUUGCUGCAAUAAUGGAAUACUUUCAACAUGUCAUGAAACAAAAGUGUAGCAGAUUGCCCUUGAGUUACUCGAUUUAAUGAAGCCUGCUGGUGAGAUGGUCUCUCCUUAAAAAUCUACAGGAAAGCAAUAACUUGUUCGUGGUGUAGCUAGAACCUAUCCGAGGUACUAUCGGAUCUGAAGAUAAAAGCAUUGUAGCAAACUAGAAUAAUUCAGUGUCAGUUGCUCCAGAUAAAGAAUGGGCGUUGCACAGUCAGUCAUGUAGGUGUGUCCAUCCUCUCACCUGUUACAAUUUUUCACUGUAGUAUAACAGGUACUGAUGUGGACCAAACUAGGUUUGGAGGUGUUCGUUAUUAUGCUUGUGAAUCAUUAGUAUAGCCGAAGAUACUGGCGGAAUUGCGACAAAUAAUACAGGAAACAAUGAUACUCGAAAAACUCUGGACUUACACAGAUGGUGAAACGAUUUCACAAAAUCACCCUGUAACAUACCACAUUGUAUAGCAGACCCCUCUGAUAUACUUAGCAAAAUGAAUGUUUGUAUAGAAAUUGUCAUAUUUGUGGAUUUUAUUUUGGUUUUGGUCUAACAAAUUAAUGAAGAUCACUAAAACUGGUGGCAUAAAUACUAUUUAAAUCUGUUUUGCUCUGCUAAAGUUCCCAUAAGCCAGUGCUUUCUGUCUUGUAAAGCAUGAUUAUGGAAUAAAACACAAGCUGUUAGGUUUUACCCCCCAUUUGUCACGUAUGUAGCUCUAGAGUACAAAGAAAUAUUUUCUAUGUAAAACCUCACAACUGCUCCUCAGUUACAGGCACAAUGUGUAACCAUAUGGUUGGAGUAUAGAUAACUGUGUAUAUGUCCACCAUUCCCUGGGGAAUUGCCAUUGCAUCCACGUCCACAUCAGUGACCCAAAUGCAGCAAAUCAUAGUAGAGUAUUUUAAGAUUUUUACUGCUGUUGUAGCAACUUCUGCCUCAUAUUUCAGCCUUCUUUUGUGAAAAGCGUUGCAGUUGGUUUUAUGUGUCUAAGAGGAACACACCCUGUUUAGUGUGCAGGUCAUGUGACUUCUGUGUUCGCGCUCUGUAACACUCCAAGCUGAUUUUAUUUUUGUUAACAGACGGUAUUUGUCAUGAAAUGCUGAUUACAAGGGGCACAAAAAAGAGCUACAAGUUUAAAUGUAGGAACUUAAUAUUCAUCUGUCUUCAUCCUAAAUGAUAUUCAUGCUCAGUUUCUCAUGUUGUAUACUGGUUAGGUCAUUUUUAUUUUUGAUUUUACCUUCUCUGGGCAAUCAGCAUUUCUUUAAUUCCUUAAUUUCUCUCUGUCUUUCUUAGUCUCACACCGUAGAUUUGUCUCUUUGCAUCAAUUUAAUGACAAAUAUUAAUGUGAAAUAAAGUGUGCUGUGUGAUUGAUAUAA